AUGAGGGCCCCGGGCUCAGCUGGGACCCAGACACCGAUGGCCAGAGGGGGCGUUGACCAUAGCUGCAAGCUCACGCAGCUGUUGACCUCUACCGUCACCUGGCGUUUACGAACUGCACAUGCGCAACCGGAAAAUCAGAGAACGGCAGAGAGCGAGUAUACCAAUCUUAAGAAAAUGGCUACGUCUCUAUCACCAACAUGUUUACCUGUGGAUCUGACAAUCUCACAUAUCGAAUGUCUUUCCAGUGACAUUCUAGUGAAAUUUCAAGGCAGAAAUAAUACCGAGUGUGAUUUUGACUACCACAUAUUGCAGAAGGAAAUACAGCAUACUCCAAAGUUAAAAAAUAACGUGGACAUUGAUGAAUUUUGUUUGGUAGAAGAAAGAAGAUCUGGAGAAUGGCAGAGAGGAAAAGUUGUGGGAAAGAAAAAUGAGCUUUAUACAGUCCUCCUCAUAGAUUGUGGAGAAGAACAAAGAGUCGAUGGUACAAAGCUCGCUUCUGCCUGUGGUACUUUAUUUGAGUUACCACCACGGGUAGUAAUUGGUAUUCUUGCCAACAUACUACCAAUUGGAGAAAAGUGGUCUGCUAAGGCUUUGCAUUAUUUCAAGUCAUUAGUAGGUUUACAAGUAAAAGGUUAUGUUCAAACUAUUUUGCCUCUCCAAAUAAGUUUACUUGAGGUACCAAAAAUUAUAUCCCAGGUUAUGGAAUUGCAAUUAGGAAGAUUUAUGGAUGGGGAUUCAUUUCGUCUUAUUGUGGAAAUGCUAAAAGAAUUCCCACAAAAUAUGUCAGAAUUAGCACCUCAUAAUAAAGCUGAAUUAUCAUUAGGUAAUAAAGAUACUUUGCCUAAUAUUGAACAUGUUCUGGAUAAUUUGCAACCACAGUUGUUAGUAGGCAGUACUGAAAGUAUCAAGGUAUCCUCUGCAUUGAGCCCAAAUAAAUUUUAUUGUCAAUUAACCGAAUGGAUUCCUGAAUUAGAAAACUUGACCGUAUGCAUGACUUUGCAAUAUGAUACUACCAGCCAAGAAGGUUUAUGUGAUAAUUUUGGAUUGCUGUGUGUUGCCAAGAGGAGAAAUGGACAGUGGCACCGAGGUAUUCUUCAGGAACUCUUGCCCAAUAAUCAAGUGAAAAUUUGGUUUAUGGAUUAUGGUAAUAGUGAGGCUAUACCUUCAAUUUAUGUAAAGAAACUUAAACAAGAUUUUAUUUUGGUACCAUUAUUUUCAUUUCCAUGUUCCCUGACUUCUUUACACAGUCAAGAUAGAGAUGCAAGAAAACAUCAACUGAGUAUAUUUAAGCAAGCCUUGUUAGGACAGAUAGUAUAUGCACACAUUGAUGGUUUCAAUAAAGAUGAACAUUUGUAUUAUGUGACAUUGCGAAGUCAAGAGUUCACAGUUAAUUCUAAGUGCCAGAAGAAGAUAGGAGCACAAGCCCUUUGUCCAGUGUCUGAUUCAAAAAUACCUAAUGGGUUGAUGAACUGUAGUGCCCCCCAUGUAGGCACCUUUGCAGCUGAGACUUUUAUUGAAAAUAUUGAACAACCAUUAGAGUCUCUAAGUAAAAAAGACCUUUUGAAAGUAAAUCUUUCUGUUAAAACUUUAGAAAUGGAGAUAGGGGAUUCUCAUAUUGCUUUUGUAGCAUAUGUUUUAAACCCAUCAAACUUUUGGGUUCGUACUAAUAAACAUCAGAAAGAAUUUCAAGAUGUAAUGAAAAAUAUAAACAAAUUUUAUAACUUGUGUGAAAAGGACGAAUUUAUUUUAAGAAAUCCAGAGCCUGGAAUAUUUUGUUGUGCUAGAAACAGCAAGGACAGACAUUUCUACAGAGCAGUCAUCACUGAAGUUAGUCAUUAUAAGAUUAAUGUGUACUUCUUGGAUUAUGGAAAUACUGAUUCUGUACCUUUCUUUGAUGUAAAAAAUUUGCUACCAGAAUUCUGUGACCUUCCUGCAUUAGCCAUGUACUGUUCUCUUGCUCACAUAAUACCCAUUGAAGAUUUAUGGGUGAAGGCAGCAGUUGAUUACUUUAAAAAACUUGUCUUGAAUAAGGCAAUUUUGCUUCAAGUUAUAGCCAAAAAAGAUGACAAAUACACUGUAAAUAUUCAGAGUAUUGAAGCCUCAGAAGAUAAUGAUGUAAUAUCUCUGAUGUUACAAGCUGGAUAUGCAGAAUAUUGGGAAGUAGAACAAGUUUGUUGUUCAACAUCUGUAAGUGAAAAUUCAAUGUUAAAUAUAAAACAUACAAACAAAAUUAACAAUAAGAAAGUUGUAUCUGUUCUUCUUGAAGGACCUCAACCAGAAGAGAACCAUUCAAAUAACAUUAAGCAAAGUACCUUAAGUUUGGUCAAAUCCUCAGAUACUAAUUCAUCAGAGUUGAAAUAUCCUUUCAUCAUAUCUGUGAGACCUAGGUUACCAUGGCCUUAUAAAAUACUUAUGUUUAAACCGGGUACAGUCCUUGAAGUUAAUUGUUCCUCUUCUUUUGGCCCAGGGGAUUUUUCAUGCCAGCUUCAGUGUAAGUCCGAUGACCUCCAAAUACUUAUGGAACAAAUUCAGAAUUAUUACAACAUACAUUCUGCUCCUUAUCAGAGUGGGGAGGUUGCUUGCAUAGCAAAGUAUUCCAAAGAUGGGAAAUGGUAUAGAGCUGCUAUUUUGUCUCAGGUAUCAGUAAAAGAAUUUGAUGUAGUAUUUGUUGAUUAUGGUUUUCAGGAAAGAGUUUCAGUUAAAGAUCUUUGUGCUAUUAAUCCGAAUUUUUUGUUUUUAGAAGGCCAAGCCUUCAGAUGUAGCCUUAACCACUUAGUUGAACCCAUUAGUUCUAAAUUAUUUAGUUGGUCCGAAGAAGCAUGCAAAGACUUUGAGGAUUUUAUUUAUUCAUCUAAAGGGUUAUUGACUUGUAUCAUUUAUGCUUUAGUUAUUAUAGCCCCAAAUUGUUUAUGUAAUUUAGUAGAUUUACAGUCUCCAUUAAGUAGUGCUAAAGAACUUCUUAUUAAUCACGGCACUGCACAGUAUAGCACAUUAUUAAAGCCUUUCCCAUCUUCACUUAGUCUUUAUAGUUACUGUUAUUCUAACUUUAAUAUUAAAGUUGGAAGUGAGGAAGAAAUAUCUAUCUCUCAUAUAUAUAGCCCUAAGAAGUUUUAUUGUCAGCUUAGGAGAAAUAAUAAAUAUCUAGAAAUGAUAGAAGCGAAAAUCAGAGAGAUUAGUAAAAUUAAAAAUUAUCCCAAAUAUGAUUAUAGUAAAAUGAGACUUUGCUUAUCUAAGUAUGUAGAAGAUGGUCUCUCUUAUAGAGUGUUAGCAGUACCAACAGAUUCAUUAUCUGACUUUCUUGUCUAUUAUGUGGACGUUGGAAAUAAACAAUUAGUAGGAGAAAGUAUGUUGAGGGCUAUUUCAGAUCAGUUUCCAGAGUUGUUGUUUACACCAAUGCAAGCUAUUAAGUGCUUUUUGUCAGAUCUUAGAGAUGUAGAUAUUCCAGCAGAAAUCAGUAGCUGGUUUGAAGAUAAUUUCUUAGGUAAAACACUGAGGGCAAUAAUAUUGUCCAAGGAAUCAGAUGGCCAGCUAGGAGUUGAAUUGUAUGAUGGGGACCAACAUAUAAGUCAGAAAAUUAAAAUGUUGCUUCAUGCAUAUGGUAAAAAUCUUUGUGUAGAAAAAGUUCAUAAAAUGAAUGCGAAUGAGAGACUUGAUGCUUCAGUGAAGGGCAAGCUAGAAAACAGACAUCACCAUAGUAGAAUAAAUACUACAGUAACAUGUUCAGGAAGAAAAAUAGAGAAAUUAAUGUAUCCCAAGGAUAGAUUUGCCAGGUUGUUGAAGCCAUCUGUUGGUUGUAAAAUUGAACCUGUGUCAGAAAUCAAAGUGAAGAAGGAUUUCAUUGAUGGAUUUAAAAAUAAAUACGUAAAGAUUAUUCCUGAACCUUUACGCAAUCUUGAUGAAAGUAACGUGGACCUAAUAUCAUUAAGGGCUGUAUCACAGUCUUUUAUGAGAGAAUUAAAUUAUACAGCUUCAAAAAACUCUCAUACUUUGACAAGACCACAGAUUAAAGAUCUUCCUCAACCCACAAUUUACUUGAAUGUCAAAGUAAAGGCUUAUAUUUCCAAUAUCAGCAAUCCAUCAAGUUUUCAUAUCCAGCUUGCUAAGAAUGAAAGUAUAAUCCUUAGACUUGCAGAUGCUCUAAACAAAGAAAAAAAUAAAGUGAGAGAGAGAAAAUCUAUUAAACUUGCAGUAGGAGAUCUUGUAGUUGCAGAAUACUCUGAUGAUGCCAAUUACAGAGCAGUCAUUAAGAACAUUUUGCCAGAAAAUUCCUUUGAAGUGGAAUUUAUUGACUACGGUAACUCUUCAGUCAUAAACAUAUCUAAAAUUUAUGAAAUAAAGAGAGAAUUCUUGAUGAUUCCACAGUUAGCAAUUCAUUCUUUUCUGAGUGGAAUAAAGUGGAAUGAGCCAGAGGAAAUAUGGGACAGUAAAUCUGUGGAUUAUUUUGUUUCAACAAUGAGUAACAAAAUAGUUUUUUGUGAAUUUUUGAAGAAACAUGGACAGAAAUGGGAAAUAAAUAUGGUUUAUAAUGAAAAAUGUGUCGUUAGUGAACUACUGAAAUGGAUAACAUUUUCAAAAUUACAGGAAACAGUAUUGAAAAUGUCACAGACUGUCUCUCAAAAACAGAGACCCAGUAAGAACACUACAAUAAAAAUGAAAAGAUUAAAUAAACAAAAAGAUUCUGUGAUCCUUCAACUGGCUUGCCAACCGUUGACUAAAAUUCCUUUGGAAGAAUUAAAACCUGGGCAACUUGAAAAGGCUAAAAUACUUAAUAUUUUAAAAAGUGGUACAUUUUAUGUGAGGUUAUCUAGAAAUAAGAAAAAAUUAUUUGACUUAGAAGAAUUAAUUGAUAAAGAAGUUAAAGAAGUAGAAAACACUUUUUUACCAAUGGAAAAUGUUGAAAAGGGCUUAGAAAUUUUAGUGAAAUCUAAGAAAACUUUUAAGUGGUAUAGAUCAGCAGUACAGAAAACAUGUGCUGAUGAGAAAAUGCUUGUUUUUUUAGUUGAUUAUGGUAGGUUUGAAAGAGUGCCUUUAGUUAAUACCCAGAUGCUUGGUAAUGAAGUGUUAAAUAUUCCAAGACAGACUGUGACUUGUAAAUGGAUUUGGUUUGAAAAUUUUAAGUCUAUGUCAUUUGAAUCCAUUGUGUGUUUGUGUUCUCAUUUGGAAAUCAGCAUUCUUUUCCUGAAAUUCUCAGGUUAUGUCUGGGAAGUAGAAAUUUUAGUGGAUGACAUGAUACUUUUGGAAUAUUUACAUUUUAAUAUAAACCAUAUAGAAGACAAAUUUAGAUCAUCAGAAAUUAUGGGAAGCCUGGAAUCAACGAGUCCUGCAUUGACAUGUACAGUAAGAUCAUUUACUUGGGUACAACUUCAAAAUGGUAGGCAAUAUCCUGGUUUCGCCACCACUGUUUGUGAUCCAUCAGACUUCUGUGUUCAAUUAGAAGAUUCCUUUGACAUAAUGAAAAAUCUGUUUAUGUUACUAUCUGAUCUGCCAGAAAACUUAGAGACAGUACCUCAACAGAAGAUAAUACCUGGUACUAGUUGUUUGUUCAGAUAUGAGUUGGAAGAUCAGUGGAAUAGAGUGGAAAUUUCUGAAGUCUUUGAUCAGUUUUUAUGCCUUGUGUUAAUUGAUUAUGGAUUUUCUAUUUGCAUACCUUCUUUAGGUAUAGAAAAUCUUAAAGUUAUUCCCGAGGAACUUCUAAAUUUUCCAAGGUUAAGUUAUCCUUGUUUCUUGCAUAAUAUUUUGCCUGCCAAAGGGAAACAUUGGAAUGAAGAAACUAAAGGUUUUGUUCAGGAUUUCUUAAGUAAGCCAGGAUUGGUUUUUCAGUUUAGGGAAUAUAGUUUUGAUACAAAACUGAAGGUAGAUGUCAUUCAUGAGAGAAGAAACUUGGCGGAUAUGUUGGUUGCAGCUGGAUUGGCAGUGUAUUCUAAAAAUUCAGAUUAUCUUGAUGUAAUUACUACUACUACAAAUACUAAAAUCCAGUGUAAAUCACAGAAUCAGCCCUAUGGCUCAUUGUUGGACAAAAAUUGCUAUGAAAGUGAAACUAUAAAUUACACAUGUGCUGGAAACCAAAAGCUGAAACAGCCAAAGCCUAUAAAGCAGAAAGAUACCUUUAAGAAACUCUUAAGGAAAAGCCAUUUUAAUAAAAGAUUACAUUCUAGAAAUGUAAUGCUGAGAAACAAGGUUGAUAGUAGAAAACAUGUUCCCCAAAGUACUGUUACUUUUGGUACACAUAUAGAAGCUUCAUUUAGUGAACUAUCUAAUGGCUUAAAAACUUUGACCAAUAGUGCUGACUAUAUUGAUAAAAAACAGCCUACUGAGGGAAUACAGGAAAAUAACAUAAUACUGGACUUGAGGACAGCAGAAGGAGCACUACAUGUGAAUGAAAAUUUUAUCAGAAGGAGACAAAAGGGACCCUGUUCAGGUGCAAUUGUGCUUCAUCCUCCAACAGUUUUCUCAUAUUUGUUUCAACCCCAGAAUGGUCAGAUUGGGGCUAGUGAAGGUGAUAGAGUGGGGACUGCAAUGAAAGAACUUCCAGCUCAAUGUGAGGUUCUGGUAGAAGAGAUGAUCAUGUGCUUAGAUAUCAAGGAUUUUAGUGUCAGUAACUCAUAUCAUAUAGCUUGGGACCUUGGUGAGGAGGAGACGAAUGACAGUGAUCCAGAGUGA